AUGGCAAAAGAUGAUGGCAUUCUGUAUCUUGGUACAUGUGGACCAGAAUAUGUAGAAAAUCAAACCAACAUUCAACAUUCUGUCGAUGGCUUAUUUCAAUUCUGUCGUGGUAUACACUAUUGUACGCAUGCAAUAGCUUACACUAAAUGGCGCUCAAGAACAAUAUGGGGUGAUAUGGCUGCAUAUACGUUCUUACACAAUGAAGUUGGUGUUGAUGCAAUAGCUCGUCAAUGGCAGCGUCACUCUAAAACUUUUCCGCGAUGUGCCGCUGCGAACAUACAAUGGCCAGAUGGUACUGGUCAUUUCGGAUUCUUCUUUCAAGAUAGACAUGCAUUCUGGUCAACCAUACAAUAA